AUGGCAGCCAACAAGGCAGCUCAAUUUAUACACUCACCCUCCGUAAAUCGUUGGCUAGCCGUGAAACGAAUACUCAGGUACUUCAAAGGAACAAUAGAUCAUGGUCCUAUUCUCAAACCUUCAAGAUCUCCAACUCUGUUUGCUUUUUCUGAUGCGGAUUGGGGUGGUGAUAAAAUAUACCGAAAAAGUACCUCAGCUUAUCUUGUCUUACAUGGCACUAAUGUCAUCUCAUGGUGUUCGAAGAAACGAAACACAAUUGCUCGAUCUAGCACAGAUUUAGAGUACUGUGCCUUAGCAUCAACAGCAUCUGAAGUUUACUGGCUGCAAUGA